CAAACAGCUGGAAGGUACGAUAUACUUAAUAACUCACAGCAGUUUUGAAAAUGGGGUCCGGUUGUAGUCAACCAGAUUCAGACUAUAUCAUUUAUGUCGUGACGGGGGAUAAGAAAAAUUCAGGAACAGAUGCUAAAGUGAAAAUCAUCUUACAUGACGAAAAUGAACAACAGAGUGAAGAAAUCAAAUUGGAUAACAAAUGGUCGGACGAUUUUGAAAGUGGUAAAGAGGACGUGUUUCAUGUGCCGCAUAAACAAUCCGCAAUGCUCCAUGGCAGUAUCUCUAAAAUUGAAUUCUGGAGAGACGAUGAUGGUAUUAGAAGUGAUUGGUUCGUGAACAUAAUUUCAGUGAAAUGUUGUAAGAGUAAAGAAAUUUACAUUUUCCCAGUAUUUAAAUGGAUUAAAGCUCUACAACAUUACAGAAUUAUUCAUUUAGACACAUCGCUUCCUCAGUUGGACGAACAUUGGAAACAGAGACAGUUUGAAAUGGAAGAGAUUAAAGAUGUUUAUGAAUAUGGACAAAAGCAACCUGGAAUGCCUGUUCAGAUCAAAAAUAUUCCAGACGAUGAGCAGUUUUCAUUCGACUACCUGUGGGACAUAGUAGUUACGAAAUCUAAACUUAUUGCCAAAUCAAAACUGUCUGCUCUAACGGCAGGACGUUGGAAGUGUCUGGAAGAUUUCAAAAAGCUCUUCGACAAAAAUAUUCUUCCGUUACCAAAGGCUGCAAACACAUGGAAAGAUGACGUUCAUUUUGGACGACAAAGGCUUACUGGCUGUAACCAUUCCCUGAUUAAGUUGUGCACAGUUAUUCCGGACAAGUUGACAGUUACAGAUGAAAUGUUAAAUCCGAUAUUGGAAGGCAACAGUUUACAGUAUUUGUUGGACAACAAUCGCAUUUUCAUAUGUGAUUUCAAUGUUCUAGAGAAAGCGGAAUCUAAAGAAGGUUAUUGUGUAUGUGCGCCCAUAGCACUGUUCAUGAUUGAUAAAAACCAGGAUUUAAGACCAAUAGCCAUUCAGUUAUAUCAAGAUCCAGAUCCUGAUAAUCCGAUCUUUUUACCAUCUGAUGAUCCCAAUUUAUGGAACUUGGCUAAAAUGUGGUUUAAUAAUGCUGACGCGGCUCAUCAUCAAUCUCAGACACAUUUAGGGUUUACUCAUCUGCUGAUGGAAGGUGUGUGUAUCGCAGUUCACAGAUGUCUUUCACAAUCUCACCCAUUGUUCAAACUGUUGGCUCCACAUUUCCUUUUUCUCAUUGCUAUUAACACACGAGGUCUAGACGUUCUUAUAUCCGAAGGUGGCUGGGUUGAUAAGGUUAUGAAUAUUGGUGCUAAAGGAAUGUUCAAACUAAUUGAAAAAGGAUUAGAUGAAUGGAGAAUUGAUCUCCAUGGUACCUUACCAAACGAUUUUAAAUCAAGAGGGGUUUUGAACCAAGACAUUUUACCAGGGUAUCAUUUUAGAGACGACAGUUUACUUCUUUAUCAUGCAAUACAGAAAUACGUUGAAAAUUACGUCUCUUUGUAUUAUGAUUCUGAAGAUAAAAUUACAGGCGAUUGGGAAUUGCAGAAUCUUGGCAAAGAGCUGUCAAUGCCAAAAUCACAAGGUGGAGUUGGUGUUCUUGGUGUGCCAAAUGACGGGGAGCUGAAGACCAAAGAAGAUAUCAGUUUGUUGUUUACAAGUGUAAUAGUAACUUGCAGUGUGAUGCAUUGCGCAACAAACUUUCCAAUAUAUCAAAACUAUGCAUUUCCUCCGAACUAUCCAGCUACAAUGAGAGGUGUACCCCCAUCAACCAAGGAUCCGAUUCGAGAAGAUUUUAUAAUGGAUUCUCUACCAAACAAAAGCAUCACCAGAGAUAUUUUAGUGGUAUCCAAAAUACUAAGCUUACAGGGUACCAAAAGUCUUGGAGACUUUGAAGUUCAGUAUAUAUACGAUCCCAGUGCUUUAAAGAUUGUGGAAGAGUUUCGUUCGGAUUUGAGAAAGAUCAGCUUGGAAAUAAAGGAAAGGAAUAAGACAAGGAAGACACCCUACACUAAUCUAGACCCUGAAUAUAUCCCAAACUCGAUCAGUAUAUAAAAUGUUAACAAAUAAAUAGUGUGAAAGGAAAA